AUGCAUUUCUUGGUGCUGAUGUUGCAGUGGUUGGGGAAAUGGAUGGAGUCAACCGGAGUGGGGUCUCCGAGUUCCUGCUCCUGGGGCUCUCGGAGAAUCCUGAGGAGCAGGGGGUCCUGUUUUGGAUGUUCCUGUCCAUGUACCUGGUCACAGUGGUGGGACAUGUCCUCAUCAUCCUGGCCAUCGGCUCUGACUCCCGUCUGCACACCCCCAUGUACUUCUUCCUGGCCAACCUCUCCCUCACUGACCUCUUUUUUGUCACUAACACAAUCCCCAAGACGCUGAUGAACCUUUGGUCCCAGAACAAAGCCAUCUCCUACGCGGGGUGUCUGACACAGCUCUACUUCCUGGUCUCCUUGGUGGCCCUGGACAACCUCAUCCUGGCCACGAUGGCAUAUGACCGCUACGUGGCCAUCUGCCGCCCCCUCCACUACACCACAGCCAUGAGACCUGGGCUCUGUGUUUUGCUCCUCGCCUUGUGUUGGGUAUUGUCUGUGCUCUAUGGCCUCAUCCACACCCUCCUCAUGACCAGGGUGACCUUCUGUGGGUCCCGGAAGAUCCGCUACAUCUUCUGCGAGAUGUAUGUGCUGCUGAGGAUUGCGUGUUCCAACACCCAGAUCAAUCACACAGUGCUCAUCACCACGGGCUGCUUCACCUUCCUCACCCCCUUAGGACUGAUGAUCAUGUCCUAUAUUUGGAUUGUCAGGGCCAUCCUCCGGAUACCCUCAGCUUCUAGCAAGUACAAAGCCUUCUCCACCUGUGCCUCCCAUUUGGCUGUGGUCACCCUCUUCUAUGGGACACUUGGUAUGGUAUAUCUGCAGCCCCUCUGCACCUACUCCAUGAAGGACUCGGUAGCCACCAUGAUGUACGCUGUGUUAACCCCCAUGAUGAACCCCUUCAUCUACAGCCUGAGGAACAAGGACAUGCAAGGGGCUCUGGGAAGGCUCCUCCUCAGGAAAGGCUUCCAGAGGUUGACAUGA